UUCUUUCAGGUGAAGCUUUUUUUAUUUUGCAGGGUUUGUUAUCCUAGCAAUUCAGUACCUGCCCUGCUCCCCACCAUCCAUAUCCAUCCAUCACUCAAUCCAUUAAUCAUCGACCCAAAAAAAGGAAGGACCUUUGAUCUUUGACUCACUCAUGGAUAUCUAGAUUCACAAAGGAAUUACAACUUGCCAUCUUCUCCUCUCUCUUUAACCCGAGAAGAAAGGCUGUCAUUUUCAUAGCUUCUUCUAUUAUACAACAUAUAAAUUGUUCAAACGAUAAAGAAGUUUCAGAAUGCCUUCUGCAGAGUUGAUCGAUUACUCUCCGCACCAGCCAGAGCCAGCUCCCCCACUAGCAUCUGCUUCAAAUGUUAUCCUGAUCGACAACUUCGACUCAUUCUCUUGGAACAUCUACCAAUAUCUCGUUCUCGAAGGGGCGACUGUCACCGUUUACCGAAACAAUGAACUUAGCGUGGAGGAACUUGUUGCGCUCAAACCUACUCAAUUGGUCAUAAGUCCUGGUCCUGGUCAUCCGAAGACCGAUUCUGGUGUUAGUAGAGAUGCUAUCAAAUAUUUCGCAGGCAAGAUACCUGUGUUUGGAGUCUGCAUGGGACAGCAGUGCAUAUUGGACGUAUAUGGAGGAGAGGUUGUAUUUGCCGGAGAAAUCUUACAUGGGAAAACGUCUCCAUUGCGACACGAUUCAAAAGGAGUCUAUGCCAGUCUACCACAAGACUUACCAGUAACAAGAUAUCACUCGCUUGCUGGUACACAUCCAACUAUACCGGAAUGUCUCGAAGUAUCAUCCUGGAUCGAGGCCGGUGUUGAUGGGGGGAAGGGUGUGAUAAUGGGCGUUCGACACAAAGAAUAUGUUCUAGAAGGUGUACAGUACCAUCCUGAGAGUAUCUUGACUGCUGAAGGUCGGAUAAUGCUCAAGAACUUUUUGAAGAUGCGAGGUGGCACUUGGGCGGAGAACGAGCGUUUACAAAAAGAGGAUUCAAGCAGCGCGCCACAAGCGUCCAAAUCUGGUUCCACAGGCGCCAAAAAGGAGAACAUACUGGAUAAAAUCUUCGCGCAUCGCAAAGCUGCAGUUUCCGCACAAAAAGAAAUUCCUUCCCAACGACCCUCCGAUCUCCAGGCCGCCUAUGAACUCGAUAUUGCGCCCCCUCUCGUCCCAUUUGUCCAACGUCUUCGCAAGUCUCCAUUUCCAUUGUCGCUUAUGGCCGAGAUCAAACGAGCAUCUCCUUCGAAAGGUGUCAUCUCUUUAGCAACGUGCGCUCCAGCUCAAGCUAGAACAUAUGCCCUGGCUGGUGCAAGCGUGAUUUCUGUUUUAACAGAGCCAGAGUGGUUCAAGGGAAGCAUUGAUGACUUGCGAGCUGUAAGACAGGCUCUUGAAGGCAUGCCAAAUCGACCUGCCGUUUUACGAAAAGAAUUUAUUUUCGAAGAGUAUCAAAUUCUAGAAGCUAGAUUAGCUGGUGCCGAUACGGUUUUACUCAUUGUUAAGAUGUUAGACGAAGAAACCUUGACCCGCUUAUAUCAUUAUUCCGUAUCGCUUGGGAUGGAGCCUUUGGUAGAAGUCAAUACAUCAGAAGAAAUGACCAUAGCCGUCAACCUUGGUGCAAAAGCUAUUGGUGUAAACAACCGGAAUCUGACCAGUUUUGAGGUAGACCUAGAUACUACAAGUCGUCUCCUCAGUCAAGUGCCGAAAGAAACCAUCGUAUGUGCUCUCAGUGGUAUCUCCGGCCCCAAGGAUGUCGAAGCCUACCAAAAGAAUGGCGUAGGUGCGGUCCUUGUGGGUGAAGCGCUUAUGCGAGCCAAAGAUACCGCUCUCUUCAUUCGAGAAUUACUCGGCGGUUCAACUACUCAAGUAAAGCCCGCCAGUGGCAGUUUACUUGUGAAAAUUUGCGGGACAAGAAAUGCUGAAACCGCAACGGAAGCUAUUAAAGCUGGUGCGGAUUUGAUCGGGAUGAUUCUCGUUCCCGGCAGAGGUCGACAUGUUCCAUACAAAGAUGCAAUUGCUAUCUCAAAAGCUGUUCAUCAAGCUCAACAAACGACAGCAACGGUUGUUAGUGAUCGCGUGAGCAACCAAGCAUCCGAUUUCUUCAGCAAUGCAGCCUCCAAUAUUUCAAGUCAUCGUCCUUUAUUGGUUGGUGUCUUCCAAAAUCAACCUCUAGAAGAGGUUCUAGAGUUGCAAAAGGCAUAUGAUUUGGAUAUAGUACAGCUACACGGCGAUGAACCAUUGGAAUGGGCAAACAUAAUACCAGUUCCUGUCAUUCGAAGCUUCAAACCUGGUCAGGUUGGUCUUGGGAGAAGAGGUUAUCAUACCAUUCCUCUACUAGACUCCGCAUCAGGUGGCUCGGGACAAAAACUAGAUAUAACAGAAGUUAAAGCUACUUUGACCAAGGAUCGAGGUCUCAGAGUCAUUCUUGCUGGUGGGUUAAACCCUGAGAACGUGGCAGAGGCUGUGCUAUCAGCUGGUGAUUUUGGUGAUCGGGUAAUUGGUGUUGAUGUCAGCAGUGGCGUAGAAGAAAAUGGUGCUCAGAGUGUCGAGAAGAUCAAAGCUUUCAUCAAGGCAGCUAAGAGCGUCAGAUAGAUAUUGCUGAGUAUCACGAAUGAAUUUUGAUGGCAAAUAAUGACUAAUGACUCGUUCUUAUGAAAAGUCGAAUUAUCAGUUGAAUACUUUCUGAAUCGUCCUUCAAAAUGUGAAAUUGCGAUACACGAUCUAUCAUUUCAGACAUGUUUUAUUUUCUUGGUCGAAUGUUGGUGGUUACUUGGACUUGCAUCAACUUCUUUCGUGACAUUUCGCAUGAACAUCGGUUGCCCCCUUUUCAUCCUCGCCUGGACCGAAAACAUUCUCACUUUCAAAAUUUGGGUAUAUCUGAUAUGGAAAUUCACUUCCACUAAUCACUUCGACCUAUUAGUAAUAACUACUAUACUUGAUACUUGAGAGGCGGACUAGUUUUAUUUUAUACAUCUCUCAACUACUACCCCGCAAUCGUUAAGAAAUAAUUUCGUCCCUACCAUUGUUCGGACGAAUCAAUUUUCCCAUCCACAGUCGCAACUACCUCUCUAGUCUCGAAAUAUAUUCAAUACUCUUUGUCCUACCCCACUUCGAUAUCAAUUUCUCAACAAUCCCAAAGUUACAACCGAAUACUUACUUCUUUUCACACUGGUAUUUUGUGUCCCAUAUUCUUUCCAUUACUUUCUUGAUCGCGUUGAUCUCAUUAUCACUUACU